AUGCAAAGCACAACCACCAACGAAGCCAAACCCGGCGCCGAAUACGCCGUCUAUCUAGCGCAGGCCUUCGCCUUGACAACAUUAUACAUACUACUCGGGGUUGUGUACAUGUCGCUUACGGUGCUUGUUCUGGGCGCGACGUUUAGUGGCGUGUGUUAUGUUUAUUCUUUGGUUCUUGAUUGCUAUGAGCAGGAGACCGGGACCAGGACCGGGAAUGGGAAUGGGAAUGGGAAUGAGAAUGAGAGUGAGAAGGAGGAGUUGGGGGAUGGUGAUGGUGAUGUGGACUCUGAGGAAGAGGAGUAG